AUGGGCAAAAAGAGAAAGGCCGGCGGUCGUCCCGCAGCAAAGAGCGAAGCUCCUGCACGUACCAAGUUCGACAUUGAAGAACGGUUUGACGACUCCGAAGAUGAAUUCCAGGCCGGCCGCGAUCACGUUCUGCUAGAGGAAGCCCCCGAGGCGAAGCGGCGACGAAGAGUUGCCGAAGAAGAACAGGAUUUGCAAGAUUCCGAGGAGGAGAUCUUAGGCUACGACGACGAGGAUUCGGACGAGGAUGAUCUCGACGCAGAACAGUAUGAUCAAGAUGAGGACGACUCCGACGGUGAUAUGGGCAAAUCGAAGAAGCGCGGCGCAGACUCCGAUGAAGAAGAAGAAGAGGGAAUUGCGGCCUGGGGUUCGACCAAGAAGGAUCUUUACGAUGCGGACCAGAUCGAGACCGAAGUCGACGCUUUAGAAGAAGAGCAGGAAGCCAAGCGAUUACAGCAGAAGCAACUUCAGGCUAUGAAUGAGGCCGAUUUUGGCUUUGACGAGUCUGAAUGGGUGGAUGCUGGCAAGGAUGCAGAGAACGAGGCAGAGGAUGCUGGUGUUGUCACCGAAGUACUUCCACAACUGGAGAUUACAGAGGAUAUGAGCGCCGGAGAAAAGUCAAAAAUCCUGCAAUCAAGGUAUCCCGAAUUUCAGCCUUUGGCCAAGGAUUUCGUCGCUCUACAAGAAACCUACAAGAACCUGGAGAAGCAGGCGGCCGAGGCCUCAAAACCAGUAGCCGACGCCGAAGAUCCUCAACCUGCACCUGUCGCUACUGUGAAACUUCGCGCCCUGUCAACAUACCUGGGCACCAUCAACAUGUACUUUAUGCUUCUCGCUUCGUCCUCCGAUGGUACAAAGGGCAAUACCCCAAUGUCCCCUGCGGAACUCCGACAACAUCCUGUUAUGGGCUCUUUGGUCAAAUUCCGAAAACUAUGGGAGAAGGUCAAGGAUCUCCAAUCUCCAGAAGUCAUUCAAGUGACACAGAAGUCUCCAGGCAAGAUUGAAUCAAUCAAGGUCGAGAAACAACCUACCCAGACCAAGGAGAAUAAGGUGAAGGGGAAGAAGAACCUGAGCAAGGCUGAGCGUGCGGCUGCUGAGGCCGAGGCCGUUCGCGCAGAACGACUUCGCGCAGCAGAGGCCAGCUUGGCUGAUCUGGACGAAUUGGCCACAGAGCCUACCCGGAAGCGCAAGUCUCAAAAGGCCCAAGCCUCUGCCAAUGACGACGAUUCCGACUUUGGUGACGAGAAUGCUCUCACUGCUCGCGAAAUCGAGGAGAAACAGAAGCAGAAGCGUUCUCUCCGAUUCUACACAUCUCAACUGGCCCAGAAGGCCAACAAGCGUAAUACAGCGGGCCGUGAUGCUGGUGGUGAUGCCGAUAUUCCACACCGCGAGCGCUUGAAGGACCGACAGGCUCGCCUGAACGCCGAGGCUGAGAGACGUGGUCGCCAAGGACCUGAUAUCGGACAAGAGUUGGGCGGUGACAGUGACGAGGAAGAUCACCGCGUCAGGAAGGAGCUGCGCAAAUCUGGCAAUGGUUCUGGCGAUGACGAUGACGAAUAUUACGAUAUGCUUGCUGCGCGGGGCAAAGCGCGCAAGGAUGAUAAGAAGGCUCGCGCUGAAGCCCACGCUGAAGCAGCUCGCCAAGGUGGUCAUGUCGAGGUACAAGAGCAAGUUGGACCAGAUGGCAAGCGUGCUAUCACAUACCAGAUCGAGAAGAACAAGGGUCUUGCAGCGAAGCGGAACAAGCUUGCUCGCAACCCCCGUGUCAAGAAGCGCAAGAAGUAUGACGAGAAGAAGAAGAAGCUUGGCAGUAUUCGCCAGGUCUAUAAGGGUGGCGAGAGCCGUGGUGGAUAUGGUGGUGAGCUUACAGGUAUCAAAAAGAACCUGGUCAAGAGUGUCAAGCUCUGA